GUAGGUGUGUGCACAUCAGUACAAGAGCUCACAGAGGAGUCGGAUCCCCCCAGGGCUUGGAUUUACAGGUGGUUGUGAACGCCCCGUGUGGGUGUUGGGGAUCCGCUGCAACAGUCCUACAAACUCUUCACCGCUGAGCCAUCUCUCCCGCCCCAGGUUUCCUUUUCUUAACUGGCAGCUCUGAGCAGGGGAAUUCCAAUCCACGCACAUUCUUAAAAAGUCUUGUACUCGGGAUCUUGGCUGGGACGCAAGGAGUUAAGAGGAAAUGGCCUAUUAGGGUUUUGCUAAUCCGAGAAACCCAGGACCUCAAAACUAUGUAGAACGCCUGUAAAAGCUACGAUUCCACCAGGCGGGGAUGGUUGGCCGAGAGGCCCAGGAGGUUCUUCGAGUAACUGCAGAGCAGAACCUAGAACGGCCAUGAGCAUCCCGAGAUCCGCUGGACCAAGGCCCUGACCUAGCGCACGAGAUAACGGUGGCGCUCUCUGGCCCGGCCCGGGGCAUCUCAGGUUUCUUUUGGUGUAAGCAGGGGUUUGUGUGCAGUUACUUUGAGUUUCUGAAGGGCUGUGUAAUGGCAGUAUGCUAGAAACUCGAGCGGACUCUUCUGGGUGAAGGGUGAAAAGCUUUGUUAAACCAAUCCGUUACCCAGAUCUUCGGUGCAGAGUACUGUCGGCAAAGGGCAUUUUGGAGAGAAAACAGGCAGUAGAGAGUUUGGGAAAGUAACAAACAUAAUACCAUUUCUGAAAGAAGGUUUUGGGUAACAGAAGUUCUGGAUAACAGGGCAAACCAAUUCCAUCACCAUGAGUUGGAGCUUCCUGACUCGCCUGCUAGAGGAGAUCCACAACCAUUCAACGUUUGUUGGGAAGAUCUGGCUCACUGUGCUCAUUGUCUUUCGAAUUGUCCUAACAGCAGUGGGAGGAGAGUCCAUCUACUAUGAUGAGCAAAGCAAAUUUGUGUGCAACACAGAGCAGCCAGGUUGUGAGAACGUCUGCUAUGACGCCUUCGCACCACUUUCCCACGUGCGCUUCUGGGUGUUCCAGAUCAUCCUGGUGGCAACUCCCUCUGUGAUGUACCUGGGGUAUGCCAUUCAUAAGAUUGCCAAGAUGGAGCAUGGAGAAGCAGACAAGAAGGCAGCUCGGAGCAAACCCUAUGCCAUGCGUUGGAAACAGCACCGGGCUCUGGAAGAGACAGAGGAAGACCACGAAGAGGAUCCUAUGAUGUACCCAGAAAUGGAGUUAGAAAGCGAAAAAGAAAAUAAAGAGCAGAGCCAGCCAAAACCUAAGCAUGAUGGACGGCGACGGAUCCGGGAAGAUGGGCUCAUGAAAAUCUACGUGCUGCAGCUGCUGGCUAGGACUGUGUUUGAGGUGGGCUUUCUAAUAGGACAGUACUUCCUGUAUGGUUUUCAAGUCCACCCAUUUUAUGUGUGCAGCAGACUUCCUUGUCCUCAUAAGAUAGACUGCUUUAUUUCUAGACCCACUGAAAAGACCAUCUUCCUCCUGAUAAUGUAUGGUGUCACAGGCCUUUGCCUAUUGCUUAACAUUUGGGAGAUGCUUCAUUUGGGGUUUGGGACCAUUCGAGACUCACUAAACAGUAAAAGGAGGGAGCUUGACGACCCGGGUGCUUAUAAUUAUCCUUUCACUUGGAAUACACCAUCUGCUCCCCCUGGCUAUAACAUUGCUGUCAAACCAGAUCAAAUCCAAUACACCGAGUUGUCCAAUGCUAAGAUUGCCUACAAGCAAAACAAAGCCAAUAUCGCCCAGGAGCAGCAGUACGGCAGCCAUGAGGAGCACCUCCCGGCUGAUCUGGAGACUCUGCAGCGGGAGAUCAGGAUGGCUCAGGAACGCUUGGAUCUCGCAAUCCAGGCCUACCAUCACCAAAACAACCCCCAUGGUCCUCGGGAAAAGAAGGCCAAAGUGGGGACCAAAUCUGGGUCCAACAAAAGCAGUAUUAGUAGCAAAUCAGGGGAUGGAAAGACCUCCGUCUGGAUUUAAUCUUGGUUGGGCUUACAAUUUGGAUUUUCAUAGUUUAUGGUAAGCAGCGACUCGCUGAAUAAUGACUUCCAUUGAAUAAACAUUUGGCUCUGGUUAUCUUCAGGGAUGCUGUUGGCUCAUGAUCCCAACUCAGGGACUCUGAAGGUGGAGCUGGGAUGAGUGGGGAGGGAAACACAGUGUUCCCAGGCAUAGGUUCUCAGCAGUAAUACAGAACUUUAUGUUGUGUCUUCCAGAUCCAGAGAAGAACAGAUAUAUUUAAAUCAUUCUGUUGAACAGUUUUUGUAUGUACAGUAUUAUGGUACUUUUUUUUUUAGUAUGAUAACUUUUUUGUAUUUGUACAUUGGACUGCUGUA